CGGGCCCGGAGGCCGAGGAGGCGGGGCGGCGGGCCGGGGGCGACUGGGGCGGGCGGAAGGAGAGCCAGGCCGGAAGGAGGCUGCCGGCGGGCGGGAGGCAGGAGCGGGCCCGGAGCUGGUGGGCCGGAGCGGCGGCGCCGCCAUGUCCGACAGCGAGAAGCUCAACCUGGACUCUAUCAUCGGGCGCCUGCUGGAAGUGCAGGGCUCACGGCCUGGAAAGAAUGUACAGCUGACAGAAAAUGAGAUCCGUGGUCUGUGCCUCAAAUCCCGGGAGAUUUUCCUGAGCCAGCCCAUUCUUUUGGAGCUGGAGGCACCCCUCAAGAUCUGCGGUGACAUCCAUGGCCAGUACUAUGACCUUCUGAGGCUGUUCGAGUAUGGCGGCUUCCCUCCGGAGAGCAACUACCUCUUCCUGGGGGACUAUGUGGACCGGGGCAAGCAGUCUUUGGAGACUAUCUGCCUGCUGCUGGCCUAUAAGAUCAAGUACCCUGAGAAUUUCUUCCUGCUCCGUGGGAACCAUGAGUGUGCCAGCAUCAACCGCAUCUACGGUUUCUACGAUGAGUGUAAGAGACGCUACAACAUCAAACUGUGGAAAACCUUCACUGACUGCUUCAACUGCCUGCCCAUCGCAGCCAUUGUAGAUGAGAAGAUCUUCUGCUGCCACGGAGGCCUGUCCCCAGACCUGCAAUCCAUGGAGCAGAUACGGCGCAUCAUGCGGCCCACAGACGUGCCUGACCAGGGCCUGCUGUGUGACCUCCUGUGGUCUGACCCUGACAAAGAUGUGCAGGGCUGGGGUGAGAACGACCGUGGUGUCUCCUUUACCUUCGGAGCCGAGGUGGUUGCCAAGUUCCUGCACAAGCACGACUUGGACCUCAUCUGCCGAGCGCACCAGGUGGUAGAAGAUGGCUACGAGUUCUUUGCCAAACGGCAGCUGGUGACACUUUUCUCAGCUCCCAACUACUGUGGCGAGUUUGACAACGCUGGUGCCAUGAUGAGCGUGGAUGAGACCCUCAUGUGCUCCUUCCAGAUCCUCAAGCCCGCCGACAAGAACAAGGGGAAAUAUGGGCAGUUCAGUGGCCUGAACCCCGGAGGCCGACCUAUCACCCCACCCCGCAAUUCCGCCAAAGCCAAGAAAUAGCCCCCAUGUGCUGCCCCUCUGCCCCAGAUGAUGGAUUGAUUGUACAGAAAUCAUGCUGCCAUGGGGGGGUCACACCGGCCCCUUGGGCCCACCCAUCGUGGGGAACCUGGAGCCUUGGUGUAUUUUUCUUUUUUUUAAUGAAUCAAUAGCAGCGUCCAAUCCCCCAGGGCUCCCUCCUGCUUGUACCUGUGGUGGCUGCAAGCAGGAGCCUGGGGCCAAGGCUGCAGCUCAGGGCAAUGGCAGGCCAGAUUGUGGGUCUCCAGCAUUGCUUGGCCUCAGGGCUGGCAGCCGGAUCCUGGGGCAACCCAUCUGGUCUCUUGAAUAAAGGUCAAAGCUGGAUUCUCA